UCCAAAUUUCUUUGGUUGGUGAGUAGCCGAAACAUUGCCAGAAUCUAGUGGCUCUCGGAAGAGAAGAUGCUGCAAAUUUUUCUGUUUUCCUUGAAAAGAAAUCCAUAAGCACCCUGCAAGUGUAUGAAGACAAACUGUUGGUAGCUUUCAGGAUGUGUUGUAGUCCAAUAUUGCCUCCUAACAUUUUAGAUCUUUUCCCCUGCUUGCUUUGUGGCGUCACAAGUUUACUGGUGGCUGUCCUCUGGUCCUGAGCUACGUGGACCAACCCCCUCCUAGAAUCCAAAUGAUGCCGGUGAUUUCACCACAUUUUGCCCCCAAAAUUGUGCUUCUUUCACUUGCAGGGUAACUGCACCUCCACGUCAUGGUUCUCCUGAGAUGUCUCUGGGAACCCACGUGGCCACAUCCCAUCCGGCCAUGCUUUGCAUUUGAACCAAGAGAUGCACGUAAGAAACAGCACAAUGGAAUCUCCGCCUCUGUAGGAUAAGGUGCCUUGGGCAUAAUCAGAGAGGUUCUUCCAUUUCCAGCCUCUACUUCUUCCAGAGUGAUGGCCAAAUGCUACUCAGAUUGGCCACCUCUCCCGUCCCUGCAUCCCUCGAGAACACCGCCGCGAUCCUACACUUCUCCGUGCACGAUCAAGCGGCAGCUUGCAUCCGUCGUGCUGCACUGCUCCAGGUCCUGUGCUUCCCCUCUUCUUGAGCCUAAGAACUUGCCCAAUGAGUUUCAGGCCGUGCCGGCGUCGGUGUCGCCGCUGCCAGGUGCUUCUCCAAAGCUCGGCAUAUCGAACGAGUUCAUCCGAGGCCUCUGCAGCGACCGGCAGACCGAGCAGCUCGCCUUCGAGUGCUACAGGAGGGCGCUGCUGCAGCCGGAGUUCCGGCCGGAGAAGAAGACAGCGAAUGCACUGACCGUGCUGCUGCUCAGGGCGAAGCAGUGGUGCUUGUUGGAGCUGCUGGUUGAAGAUUUCAGGGCCCAUGGCGUGCUCCCGGAGAAACGGACAUGCGCGCGGCUCGUGGCCAGCUGCAUCAAGGCGAGGAGGUUCGGCCUCGCCGAUGCGGUGCUUGGAGUUCUUGAAGGGAAGAAGGGAGCCCCUGCUGUCAUGGCCUUCAGCUCGGCCAUGCAGGCGUACAACAAGCUGCACAUGUAUCGGAGCACGGUGUUGGUGUAUGGACAGGCGAGGGUGGCUCGCCUGGCGCUGAACGCCGACUCCUACCGCGCCGUGAUGGAGGCGUGCGGAACACUGGGUGAGCCGGACUUGGUGGCUUCAUUGUUCAAGCUGUACAGAUCUCAGAAGUGGUAUCCCUCUGAUAGCUGUGUGGAGGCAUAUGCCAUCGUCUGUGACGCGCUGGGGAAGGCAGGCAGAGCCUUGGACGCGCUGCAGUGCCUGAGAGAAAUGGAAGCGGAUGGGCUCUCACCAAACGCUGCAAUCUACUCUACAGUCGUCGGCGCUUUGGCAGAUGCCCGAGAAACAGCGGCGGUGGAAGAUCUGUACCACGAAGCAUGGGAGAAUAAGAUGCUUGGGGAUCCUGACAUGUUCUUGAAGGUGAUCGUCAUGUACGUUGAGGCUGGGGUAGUGGAGGAAACAAUUGAAGUUGCGAAGGACAUGAGACAGAUUGGCCUGAGGGUCACAGACUGCAUCCUCUCUACAAUUGUGAAUGGUUUUAUGAAGAGAAGAGGCCUCAAACCAGCUAUCAGAGCAUAUGACAGGCUGAUCUUAUUAGGAUGUGAGCCUGGCCAGGUCACCUACGCCUCAGUCAUCAACGUGUACUGCCGGCUUGGACGGACUGACAGGGCAGAAUCUGUCUUCUCAGAGAUGAUCGACCGAGGCUUCGACAACUGCGUGGUCGCAUAUGGUAACAUGAUUUCGAUGUAUGGGAAGAUCAGGAGAGCAUCAGAGGCCAUGAGACUGCUGGCCCUGAUGAAGCAGAAGGGGUGCGAGCCUAAUGUCUUGGUGUACAACUCCCUCCUUGACAUGCAUGGCAGGCUCGGGAAUUCAAAGCAAGCCGAGAAGAUCUGGAAGGAGAUGAUGCGGCGCAAGGUCCGGCCUGACCGGAUCAGCUACACGGCCAUCAUCUACGCGAACAACCGGUCUGGAGAACUGGACCGGUGCAUGGAUUUGUACCAGGAGUUCAGAGAGACUGGAGGGAAGGUUGACAAGACCAUGGCUGGGCUCAUGGCUGGGGUGUUCUCCAAAUGCAGCCGGUUCAACGAGCUCAUCGAGCUGCUGAAGGACAUGAAUGGGACCAAGCUGGACCGGAGGUUGUACAUGACCUUCCUGAGAAGCCUCCGGGAAGCCGGACUAGAGGUUCAUGUGAAGUGGCUCCAAAGUAACUUCACUUCCGUGGACGAGAAAACUUGAUGUCAGAUUCCUGGAGUUCUUGCUGUCCAUCUUCAACACCGAAGUACAUCGAGGACGGUCGUCCGAGAAACACAUUGCUCUGUAAAUGGAAACAGAAAAAAGGUAAAUAUUUGCUUGCCUCAAUGCUCUUUGUCGAAGCUUGUAUGCCAUUGUUGCUCAACUCCGACCAUCAUUGGCUCCAGUAAAUGACAAUGUAAAGUUGUAAAUGUAUUUUAAGGGAUGCCAACUUUGUACCAGUAAUGAUCUGAUUCCAGAUUUCUUGAACAAGUUGCCUAGUUCAGUAACUCUGCAUAUGUCAGAUUUAUUGAAACUGUUGUACCAUAGUCCACUUUGGCAAAUGUGACUUUGUAUCUAAUAUCUAUAAUGAAACAAUCAUAUUGAUACUGUCUACAGAA